AUGUCAAUCCCUAUUUUGAAAUUGAACAAUGGAGCCACAAUACCAGCGUUAGGAUUUGGUACUUUCCAAAGCGAAGGAUCUCCAGGAAAAUGCCACGAUGCUGUUCUUUGGGCUCUACAAUCAGGUUAUCGUCAUCUUGAUUGUGCUUGGUAUUACAAAAAUGAGGAAGAGGUUGGGUCAGGCUUGCGGGAAUUCUUGUCCAACAACCCAAGUGUCAAACGUUCAGAUAUCUUCAUCACAACUAAAGUGUGGCCUCAUCUAUGCGGUUCCCCCGAAGAUGUCGAGUGGAGUCUAAAUUAUAGUUUAGAGAAACUUGGUCUUGAUUAUGUGGAUUCUUUCUUGAUGCAUUGGCCUUUCGCGGCCGAGAGAACCGACGACUAUGAGGUUAAGCUCGGAGAUGAUGGAAAGGUAUGA